UCGCACAAAACCAACGGUUCCGUUUUGCGAUCUAAUUCGUAUUUGUUUUUUUUUUAUAUUUUUUAUUUGACCUUUUGUAUUUACAUCUAUUUUUGUGAUGUAUAUUCAACAUUUUUAGUUUUUAUAACAAGAUUUAACGUAAAAAUUAUCCAACACACGUAUGAAUUAAUUAUUUUACAAAACAAAGAAUCGAUAUCGUGAAGAAGGCAACGAUAAACGGAACACACAGAUUGGUUUUGGUUUUAUCUACUAAACAAAACAAAACAUAACCUCAACGAAGCUUAAAGGCAACAGUGCAGUAGAAAAUGGCUCCAGAGGAUGAUUUAUUUGAGGAUUUGCCACAAACACAAAGUCAACCACUCCCGGAUGACGAAGUGUUUUCGCAAGAUGCCGACGACGGAAAAGAUGUUUGGGGUCGUUUAGUGGCAAAACACAAAUCAUUCCACAACGUUGAUUUGACCAACGACACAUUUGUAGCGGGCCGAGCUUCAAACUGCAAUUACAGCUUGCAAGCACCAGAAAUCAAACAGAAGCUACUCAUACAAAUGUCCAAGCAACAUUUUAAAAUAUCCCGAGAUUUGGCAGAGAUGGACAGUCCUGUAUACAUUGAGGAUUUGUCACGAAAUGGCACCUUCGUAAAUGAAGAAAAAAUCGGUUUGAAAAAGAAGAGAAUCUUGGCACAUGGUGACACCAUUUCAAUUGCGUAUCCAAAAAUGCAAGCGUUCCUAUUUCGUGAUCAUCGACGAAAAACUGAUGUGGCCACGGCCAUUGCCAAAAAAUAUUAUGUCAGUAAAAAACUUGGGAACGGUGCAAAUGGUACGGUAUUUUUGGUAUAUGAAUAUCGUACGUGCCAAAAGUAUGCGCUAAAGCACAUAAAAAAGAACAAGCUGAUUGAUUAUAGAGCCGAUAAGUCGCUGAACGAGGCCAAGAUCAUGCAGAGCCUGAGACAUCCGUGCAUUGUUCAAAUGCACGACAUCGUUGAUUCUUCAGAUUCUGUGUUCAUAACGCUUGAGCUAAUGGAAGGUGGCGAAUUGCUGACGCGCAUUCAGAAUAAACGAUAUCUGAAAGAAGCCAAUGCCAAAUUAUUUUUCUAUCAAAUGUGCUACGCCAUUAAGUAUUUACACGAACGAAAGAUUACACAUCGGGAUCUUAAGCCGGACAAUAUUCUCUUAGCGUCGAGUGAAGAGAAUACAUUGUUGAAGAUCUCUGACUUUGGUCUGAGUAAAUUGGUGAAGAACAACUCAGAAUUGCGAACCCUAUGCGGAACACCGAUGUAUGUAGCUCCAGAAAUAUUGGAAACAAAAGGUGAAGGUACAUAUACCGAAAAAGUGGAUAUUUGGAGUUUGGGUGUGGUAUUAUUCACAAUGCUCAGUGGAUCAUUGCCAUUUGCCGACGAUUACGGUAGCCCAGCAGCCGAACAAAUUAAACAGGCCAAAUUCACAUUCAGAUCACAACGUUGGAAUGGAGUUUCGAACACGGCCAAAAAUCUCAUCCGUGAAAUGCUCACAACAAAUGUAAAUAAACGCCCGUCCAUCGAUCAGUUGUUGUUGACCAAGUGGUUUAGAGACGGUGAUAUGAUCGGAAUUGCACACAAACUGAUGAACAUACCAAUGCCGCAUCACUAUACAUCGUCAGCAACACGAUUGGCCAUUCAAGUGCCAAAGGAUAUAGCCAAUUCGGAGCCGUCAGUUUUCUUGCGUCCAUAUGCUGUAGACAUAGACAGCGAAAAUAUUCAACCAUCGAAAAAACGUCGCCUACGUUAAGCAGUAUUAAGUUGUUAGUUCAGUAUUUUCAAAAGUAGAAUAUGUCAUCAACAAUUUUUUUUUAUUGGUAUCGUUCAAGUUGUGAUGUUAAAUAUAAGUACAAACUAUUGUAGAAAGAAAAAACCGUUUGGAAAACCAAACAAAAAGUACAAAAAUCUAAAAAAAACCUUAGCAACGAAGUGCCUCAAUGUUGCCAAAAAAUUAAACAGAUAAGUUUACGAAAAAAUUCCACAUUGAUAUUGUACAAAUAUCGCGAAAAAUAGUAGUUUAGGGACAAUUCGUGAUAUAUCAUACAAAAUAUAUUAAAAUAAGGAGCUAUACCAUUGGCAUCAAUUAAAUCGAUUGCGAAAAAUGUUAUCUUGGGUGAAAUUCCACCAAAAUCGUUCUUUUUUCGUAUAAAUAUGAGUGUUGAAAAAUAAGUGAUGCAAUAACACUCUGCUCUAUGUUGAGUGUCAUAAAAUAUCAAAAAGCAUGCAAAACUGAUAUGAUUUAAUUGAAAAAUUAAAAUAAGUACACAAAUACCGGUAUAAAAAUCAAAUUGCUCAAAAUAGCAACCUGAAUAAAUGUUACAAUUUUCUGCAUCAGAUAUGUCACAAGAAUAGAGUUAAUUUACGCAUCAAGUAUUGUAUGGGUAAUAAGAAUAUUUUCAAUAGACCAAGACCAAUUGUAUUAAAAAAAUAAACUCAGUAAAUCAUUUGCACAAAUUACUCAACAA